AUGGCUUUCUCUGUGGACGACCUCACCAACAUUGCUGCCGGGAAGCAAUCCGAUGCGGUCUUCGAUUACUGUAUCACUAUUGACAAGGAGACGAAGCUUGUAUGGGGACGCAAGUGGGACUUUGGCCGGGUCACCUUCACGCUCACGCGGUAUUUACCUUUCCCGGGGAUAGCCCUCACGGUCUACGCGGCGUUGCAGGCCGUUUCACUCAAACCUUGCAUACACAAUGGAACUGCAUCAAACUUGUUACACAUCGGUACCAUAGUUGCAGCCGAGGGCCUCCUGGUGAUGCGAACAUGGGCUUUCUGGGGGUGUAAAAAGGUCCUUCUCAUUAUUCUGGGCAUCACUGCCGUUGUCUUUAUCGUCGCAGCCAUGCUCAUCACAUCCCACGUAAAUGCCAUACUCCCCAAGACAGUAAAUCCAUGGCCCAACGCUUGCAAUUUUACCACCGGCGCGGGAAGUGCCAUCCAGUACGGUUUCUUGGUCUUAUACGAGCUCAUCCUUCUGUCUCUCGUGAUCUACCGCUGGAUUCGGCAUUACCGUUCAUUGUACACGUGCUCGAAGAUCGUCAAUGCCGUGUACCGUGAUGCUGUAAUUUACGUGUCGAUCAUGAUUAUUUUCUCCCUGGGCAACAUCGUUAACACGGGAGCAUCACCGCAAUACUACAACGAGUACCUGGAUAGCUUGCAGGUCACGGUACACAGUGUCCUUGCCGCUCGGCUGUUCUUCCACCUGCGUGAAACGAAUGACGUAGAGUUCGAGCAACUUCUUCCUCGCUCAAUACCUACGUUCAGAGUCGCGGAGCCUAAGAGCGACUCGUUUGACUCAGAGUCGGAGUUGGACUAUAGCUCCACCGAGAACAUCGUCGUGUAA